GAGGGAAUGGCCACAGAGCUCAUGACAACCUGGUCCCAGGGAUCAGUGACAUUCAGUGAUGUGUCUGUGGACUUCACCCAGGAGGAGUGGAAGCAACUAGAUCUUGCUCAGAGGAAUCUUUACAGGGAUGUGAUGUUGGAGAACUAUAGAAACUUUAUCUCAUUGGGUCAGCAAGUUUCCAAACCACGUAUAAUCUCCCAGUUGGAGCAAGAAGAACCUUGGAUGGUAGAAAACACAAUACCAAAAGAUAUCUGUCCAGACUGGGAGGCUGACCCUGAAACUAGAGAAUCAGUUCCUCAACAGGACAUUUCUGAAAAAUCAUCACAGGAGAUGAUAGUGGAAAAACUCACAAGUAGUGAUGUCUGGUACUCCAAAUUAGAUCAAACUUGGGAAUAUGAUGGGCAGUUAUGGACACAAUUAGAAAUCCAAGAGAGAUAUUUAAGACAAGUGAAUGUCACAGCUAAGAAGAAUAUCCUUGGGAAGAGAGAUACUGAAUAUAAUGAAUUUAGAAUAAAUUUUAAUAUGAGCUCAAUCCUUGUUAUGCAACAUAGAGUUCUUGUAGGACAGAGACACAAUAAAUGUGAUACAUGUGGUGAGAACUUUGACCAUAAUUUUGACAUAAUUAAGCAUCAGAGAAUCUGUGCAAGGAAGAAAUCCCAUGACUGUAAUGAUUAUGAGAAAUCUUCCAUUGAUAAAUCACCCCUUAUCAAGCAUCAAAGAAUUCAUACUAGAGAAAAACCCUUUGAAUGUAAUACAUGUGGGAAAGUAUUCAGCUGGAUUUCAUCUCUUACUCGACAUAAAAGAAUUCAUACUGGAGAGAAACCCUAUAAAUGUAUUGAAUGUGGGAAAGCCUUCAGUUGGAGGACUCACCUUAAUCAACAUCGGAUCAUUCAUACUGAAGAAAAACCUUAUGAAUGUAAUGAAUGCAGAAAAGCCUUUAGGGACAAGUCAUCUCUUUCUCGACAUUGGAGAAUUCAUACUGGGGAGAAACCUUACACGUGUCAUGACUGUGGAAAAACUUUUAGGUGGAGUACAGAGCUUACUCAGCACCAUAGAAUUCAUACUGGAGAGGAACCCUAUGAAUGUAAUGAUUGUGGUAAAGCCUUCAGUCGGAGCACAAAUCUUGCUCAACAUCAUAUAAUACAUACUGGAGAAAAAUCCUAUGAAUGUAGUGAAUGUGGGAAAGCCUUCUGGUGGAGUACACAUCUUAUUCUACAUCAGAGAAUACAUACUGGAGUUAAACCCUAUGAAUGUAGAGAAUGUGGGACAACUUUCAGUCGGAGUACUUACCUUACUGAACAUCAAAGAAUACAUACUGGAGAGAAACCAUAUGAAUGCAGUGAAUGUGGAAAAGCCUUCAGCCGGAUUUCAUCCCUUAAUCAACAUCAGAGAAUUCAUACUGGAGUAAAACCCUAUGAAUGUAAUGAAUGUGGAACAGCUUUCAGCGACAGAUCAUCCCUUACCAAACACCAGAGAAUCCAUACUGGAGAGAAACCCUAUGAAUGUAAUGAAUGUGGGAAAGCUUUCCGUCGGAAUACAGAUCUUACACAACACCAGAGAAUUCACACUGGUGUAAAACCUUAUGAAUGUAAUGGAUGUGGAACAACCUUCAGCAACAGGUCAUCCCUUACUAAACAUCAAAGAAUACAUACUGGAGAGAAACCUUAUGAAUGUCAAGAAUGUGGAACAGCCUUUAGUGACAGAUCAUCCCUUACUAAACAUCAGAGAAUUCAUACUGGAGAGAAACCCUAUGAAUGUAAUCAGUGUGGGAAAGCCUUUAGGUACAGUUCGGACCUUGUCAGACAUCAGAGAGUUCAUUAGUGGAGAAUAAUGUUUUGAAUGUGGAUAAAAUAAAAGCUUUAUAUUUUUAUACUGAGUGUUUAGUUAAAUAUUUCAGAGUUAAGAUGUCACAGUUUGUCACUAGCUCUAAAUUUGUUUGGAAUGGUUGAUGGAAAUAUUUUCUCCUUUAUUUCUUUCUCUCCUGUAAUACAUGCUGAAUACUACC